AUGUAUAAACAACAUCAGCAACAACAGCAACAUCAGCAACGACAAGCCUUACUACCAUCAGCAACAUCAGCAACGACAGCAACGACAAGCCUUACUACCAUCAGCAACAACAGCAACGACAAGCCUUACUGCCAUCAGCAACAACAGCAACGACAAGCCUUACUACCAUCAGCAACAACAGCAACGACAAGCCUUACUACCAUCAGCAACAACAGCAACGACAAGCCUUGCUGCCAUCAGCAACAACAGCAACGACAAGCCUUACUACCAUCAGCAACAACAGCAACGACAAGCCUUACUACCAUCAGCAACAACAGCAACGACAAGCCUUACUACCAUCAGCAACAACAGCAACGACAGCAACGACAAGCCUUACUACCAUCAGCAACAACAGCAACGACAAGCCUUACUACAAUCAGCAACAACAGCAACGACAAGCCUUACUACCAUCAGCAACAACAGCAACGACAAGCCUUACUACCAUCAGCAACAACAGCAACGACAAGCCUUACUACCAUCAGCAACAACAGCAACGACAAGCCUUACUACCAUCAGCAACAACAGCAACGACAAGCCUUAUUACAAUCAGCAACAACAGCAACGACAAGCCUUACUACCAUCAGCAACAACAGCAACGACAAGCCUUACUACCAUCAGCAACAACAGCAACGACAGCAACGACAAGCCUUGCUACCAUCAGCAACAUCAGCAACGACAGCAACGAUAAGCCUUACUACCAUCAGCAACAACAGCAACGACAAGCCUUACUACCAUCAGCAACGACAGCAACGACAAGCCUUACUACCAUCAGCAACGACAGCAACGACAACCCUUGCUACCAUUAGCAACAUCAGCAACGACAGCAACGACAAGCCUUGCUACCAUCAGCAACAACAGCAACAACAGCAACGACAGCAACGACAAGCCUUGCUACCAUCAGCAACAUCAGCAACGACAGCAACGACAAGCCUUGCUAUCAUCAGCAACAACAGCUACGACAAGCCUUACUACCAUCAGCAACAACAGCAACGACAAGCCUUACUACCAUCAGCAACAACAGCAACAACAGCAACGACAAGCCUUACUACCAUCAGCAACAACAGCAACGACAGCAACGACAAGCCUUACUACCAUCAUCAACAACAGCAACAACAGCAACGACAGCAACGCCAAGCCUUACUACCAUCAGCAACAACAGCAACGACAAGCCUUACUACCAUCAGCAACAACAGCAACAACAGCAACGACAAGCCUUACUACCAUCAGCAACAACAGCAACAACAGCAACGACAAGCCUUACUACCAUCAGCAACAACAGCAACAACAACAACGACAAGAUUUACUACCAUCAUCAACAACAGCAACGACAAGCCUUACUACCAUCAUCAACAACAGCAACGACAAGCCUUACUACCAUCAGCAACAACAGCAACAAAACCAACGACAAGCCUUACUACCAUCAGCAACAACAGCAACAACAGCAACGACAAGCCUUACUACCAUCAUCAACAACAGCAACAACAGCAACGACAGCAACGACAAGCCUUGCUACCAUCAGCAACAUCAGCAACGACAGCAACGACAAGCCUUGCUACCAUCAGCAACAACAGCAACAACAGCAACGACAAGCCUUACUACCAUCAGCAACAACAGCAACGACAAGCCUUACUACCAUCAGCAACAACAGCAACGACAAGCCUUACUACCAUCAGCAACAACAGCAACGACAGCAACGACAAGCCUUACUACCAUCCUCAACAACAGCAACAACAGCAACGACAGCAACGACAAGCCUUACUACCAUCAGCAACAACAGCAACAACAGCAACGACAAGCCUUACUACCAUCAGCAACAACAGCAACAACAGCAACGACAAGCCUUACUACCAUCAGCAACAACAGCAACGACAAGCCUUACUACCAUCAGCAACAACAGCAACAACAGAACGACAAGCUUUACUACCAUCAUCAACAACAGCAACGACAAGCCUUACUACCAUCAGCAACAACAGCAACAACAGCAACGACAAGCCUUACUACCAUCAGCAACAACAGCAACAACAGCAACGACAAGCCUUACUACCAUCAUCAACAACAGCAACAACAGCAACGACAAGCCUUACUACCAUCAGCAACAACAGCAACAACAGCAAUGACAAGCCUUACUACCAUCAGCAACAACAGCAACAACAGCAACGACAAGCCUUACUACCAUCAUCAACAACAGCAACAACAGCAACGACAAGCCUUACUACCAUCAGCAACAACAGCAACAACAGCAACGACAAGCCUUACUACCAUCAGCAACAACAGCAACAACAGCAACGACAAGCCUUACUACCAUCAGCAACAACAGCAACAACAGCAACAACAGCAACGACAAGCCUUGCUACCAUCAGCAACAACAGCAACAACAGCAACGACAAGCCUUGCUACCAUCAGCAACAACAGCAACGACAAGCCUUGCUACCAUCAGCAACAACAGCAACAACAGCAACGACAAGCCUUGCUACCAUCAGCAACAACAGCAACAACAGCAACAACAGCAACGACAAGCCUUGCUACCAUCAGCAACAACAGCAACAACAGCAACGACAAGCCUUGCUACCAUGA